AUGUAUACUUCUGGAACGAAUGAAAUGAUUCCUUCAAAUAAAAGGUUUCAUAUGGAAAUGGUCAAAAAUAAUAUUAAAGUUACUUUGAAAGAAGAUUUUAUUUCACAAUUUAAAUAUGCUGAUGAUUUUUAUAAUUUCUUAGGAGUUAAAGGAAAUUUUAAGUCAGCUUUGAUUGCUGAUGGAGUUAAGGAAUCAUACUUUGAUUUUGUUCUUUAUGAUUCUGAUUCUUGUCCUAAUUGUACACAUCCUGGAAAUCGCUUUUACUGUUGGAAAAAAAAAAUCACUGUAAAGCAACUUGCUAUUAACUAUUUUGUUUUUAUGAAAAUGGCUAUGACUGAUACAAUGUUUGCAGAAAAUGUUGAUGACUUAAAGAACGCAGGUCUAUUAAAAAGAACACUAUCUUUUGUUGAAAGGAAAUCUACCAUGAUGAAGUUAUAUAAGGAAAAUCUUUUAGGAAACUGUUAA